AUGGUUGAAUCUGUGAAUCAAUCACCUCCUUCAAGCCCUAGGAACCUCAACACAGAAAACCAACUGAUUGCUCCUUCAGGAAAUUUUCGACCUUUAGAUCCCUACGUUAUACACCCCAGUGAUAACCCAGCCACUAAUCUGUUUUCUCCAUUGUUGCAGGGAGAUAAUUAUGGAUCAUGGGUUCGAGGGAUAACUAAAGCUCUCAACGCAAAAGGAAAGCUCGGCUUCGUGGAUGGCUCUCUUCCUCCACCAACAGAUGAACUACAAUACCAAUGCUGGAAACGCUACGACGAUCUAGUUGGUAGAUGGCUUCUGAAUUCCUGCCAACCAGACAUAAGGGCUAGUUGUUUAUACGCACCUUCAUCUCAUGUGAUCUGGAAAGAUCUCCAGGUCAGAUUUUGCAUCUCUAAUGCACCUAUCUUAUUUCGGCUGAAAUCUGCUAUCGCUGCUAUAAGACAAGAGUCAAUGUCUGUCUCUUUGUAUUACACAAAAAUAAAAACCCUUUGGGACCAAUAUGACUCUCUAGUGGCUGCCACCGAAGUAUGUAUCUGUGGUGCAGGGAAAUCUCUUCUUGAGCGUCUUGAACGUGACAGAGCCCUGUAG